GGGGCAAACACCUACGUAGAGCGCACGCGCGCGCUCGCCGGCGUUCCAUGGCUCACCGCGAUCCGCGCUCAGUCCGGGCUUGAAUCGCUCACAGCUUGGAGCCAAAGCCGGUUCGGGCCUUCUCUACAGUCUAACACUUCUUGCUAAUCGGUCUCUCGUCCAACGCUUACGCCUCUUCGCACCUCAGUACAUCUUUCAUCGAUUUCCUUUCUCCUACAAUUCGCCACUCGCGCGAUCAGUACAAAAAAAAAAUAAUAUUUCGUUCGUACGAUUUUCGUUCGCGGUUUAACAGACAGAGGCGCCAACGAGCUGCAACUUUGUCCAAGAAUUUAAAGACAAUCAUCAAGUAAGCGUAAGUUAGCGUUUAGACUUUUAGCUGGUUAAAUGUCAGACCGUCCUGAGUGGAAAAAAAAAUUUUUUUCGAAGGCCACAGCCCGAUUCAGUCAAUAUUUCUAGGUAAUUUAAGACAAUCGCUACACUGUACAUAUACGUAUAUAUAUUUUUUUGUGGAACAUACAAACCUACGAGUCUCAAUUAAGGCAAGACAUAUCUCGUUUUCAGUUUUAUACAGUAGAGGUAUCAAAAUAAACAGGUUGUGUACAAGAAAAUCAGUAUUUUAGCCUAAAUAGCUUAAGGUUUCUGUCAAUCGUACAUAUCGCAAUAGGAUAAUAAUUAUAGUUAUAUUUUAUGUAAAAUCAAAAUUUAUAUAUCGAAUCAAAAUAAGCAUCUAGAGUUAGAAUAGACAUCGUGCAAUAUAUAAACCAAAUAAACUUAAUGUAAAGACAAUCUGAGACAAUCUAAGUCAAACCUGACAAUCUUGGAAUAUUUGACAAUCUGAAAGUCGACCUUUUGGGAUCCAAUAAUCUGAAAGUAAAUAAAGCAGCAAUCAUCUGUUUAGUAAUCCCAGUAGGAAUAUUUGACAAUCUAAAAGAAAAUAAGCAACUUUUGGCAAUCAUAUUAUAAAAUCAAAAUCGAGUUACAUAAAAUUAGUUAAUAUUAAAUGUGUAGCUGUUAGUUCUAAUAUUAAAGGAUAUCAUUGAACAAGACGAUCUAAGUGUAGAAAGACUAAGAUUGUCGGUACUACCUUUCAAAAGACGUAACAAAACGUCAAUCAAAACGAACAUUCAACUGUAACUAUUCCGCGGUACCUUUAAAUACGAUUACACCGCGGAUAGUACCCGAGUGGCGAUAUCCUUCGCUCCUAAGAUUCCCAUCACCCCGAAUUUCGAUCGACCGCGUAAGAGCUGCAAAAAAUCGUCACCACGUACUUCUUCAAUCAUCACCAGCAGUACCAUCAUCAGUACCCCUACGUAGUGCCCUUGUGUCCGACUGUCGCUCCUUGCCAGCCGUUCGAAGCUUAUCAGCAACAACAGGUGUGUCAGUGCGGCCAAUGCGCCGUGCCAGGGGGCGGGCAGCACCAAGCAGCACCCCAACCACAGCCUAUGUUCGCCAUUAGCAACGUGCACCAGCAAGCGGCAGCCGCGGCAAGUUUGACGGGAGCGCCUGGCGUCACGGCCACUGUGACUGGUCAACCGGGGACAUUGAUCGUCAACAGAUUCACCGAGAUCAACUACUUUGACAAUCCGCUCGUCGCAGCGGCGGCUGGUACUGCUUUGGUUGCGCUGGGCAGUCCGCCCGCAGCCGGCCAUCACAAUAUAGCGUGUAAAGUGGAUCCGCGAGACCAUGAUGAAUUAUUCAUUAAAAUGGUCAUGUUGCAAAUAUAA